CCAGGGCACUGGGGGCUGGGCCAGAGAUUGAGCAAACAGCAGAAAAGGCACAGCUCUUUUUCUCUGGCUCCUGCCCUCCCAGUCCCCACCUCGCCCUCCCUUCCUCAAGCAUCGAAGUGGAGACCUCCCUCCAAGAGCACAGAGCCCAGCUCACCUGGCUAGAAGCUAGGGGCCUGCCAUGGCCUCCCCAAGGCCCCUGCUGCUGCUAGCCCUGCUGGCCUGCGUUGUUCUGGCUGACCAAGAGUCCUGCAUGGGCCGCUGUACAGAGGGCUUCAACGCCGACAGGAAGUGUCAGUGUGACGAGCUCUGCUCUUACUACCAGAGCUGCUGCGAGGACUAUGUGACCGAGUGCAAGCCCCAAGUGACUCGUGGGGAUGUAUUCACUCUGCCAGAAGAUGAGUACGGGGCCACUGACUACCCCGAGGGGUCGAGAGGGAGUGUCCUCACACAGCAGGAGAGCACCAUGCUGAGCCCUGGCCUGCAGACCCAGCGUGAGGAGUCUCCUGCCCAGGAGACCUCAGAGCCUGAGACCCAUGCCGAAGACAUCCCUGAGUCCCCAGCAAAGGAGGAGCUAUGCAGUGGGAAGCCCUUUGACGCCUUCACUGACCUCAAGAAUGGCUCCCUCUUUGCCUUCCGAGGGCGGUACUGUUAUGAGCUGGAUGAAGAGGGAGUGAGGCCUGGGUACCCCAAGCUUAUCCAAGAUGUCUGGGGCAUUGAGGGCCCCAUUGAUGCUGCCUUCACUCGCAUCAACUGUCAGGGAAAGACCUACCUCUUCAAGGGUAAUCAGUACUGGCGCUUCGAGGAUGGUGUCCUGGACCCAGAUUUCCCCCGCAACAUCUCUGAAGGCUUCAAGGGCAUUCCGGACAACGUGGAUGCAGCCUUGGCUCUCCCUGCUCAUAGCUACAGUGGCCGGGAGCGGGUCUACUUCUUUAAGGGGAGACAGUACUGGGAGUACGAGUUCCAGCAGCAACCCCGUCAGGAGGAGUGUGAAGGCAGCUCCCUGUCUGCCGUGUUUGAACACUUUGCCCUGCUGCAGAGGGACAGCUGGGAGACCCUCUUCGAGCUUCUCUUCCGGAGCAGACCCUCUGGUGGUGCUGGACAGCUCCGGUUCAUCAGCCAGGACUGGCUUGGUGUGCCCACGCAGGUGGAUGCGGCCAUGGCCGGCCGCAUCUACAUCUCGGGCUCAGCUCCCCGAUCCUGGGCCAAGAAGCCCAAGUCUAAGUGGCGUAGCCGUAAGCGCUACCGUUCACGCCGUAACCGUCACCGUGGCCGAAGCCGCAGCCAGAACCCUAAGCGGCAAUCCCGUUCAACCUGGCUGUCCUGGUUCUCCAGUGAGGAGAGCAGCCUGGGCACCUACAACUAUGAUGACUACGACAUGGACUGGCUUGUGCCUGCCGCCUGCGAGCCCAUCCAAAGUGUCUACUUCUUCUCACAAGACAAGUACUACCGAGUCAACCUUCGUACACGGCGAGUGGACACUGUGAGCCCUCCUUACCCACGCUCCAUCGCCCAGUACUGGCUGGGCUGCUCAGCCCCUGGCCACCAGUAGGAAUCUGAGCCCACACAGCUGGGCCCUCCACUGCUCCUUCCUCAACCUCUUCCUCCCAGCCCAAUAAAGAUCCCUUGACCCUGA